GACCCACAGGAGCCUGGGCAGCGUCGAGACCCGGACACGCCGCUCUCUGCCCGGGGCCGGGCGAUGCCGCGUUAACCCGCCCGCCCGGCCGGUCUGUGCGGGGGCAGUCCCGGGGAGCGCCGCCGGGGCGCAUUCCUCCCCUGGGGCCCAGAGCUGGGUCUGCUCAGGCUCGUCAGCACCGCGAUGGCCGCAUAAACCGGCCCCCGCCCGCGCGCUGCCCUGCCCUGCCCGGGGCUGCUCUGAGCUCCGCCGGGAGGCGCGGUGCCCACGCGCUCGUAGAGGUUCGUGCCCCUGGAAGGCGGGGGACGAGGAAGAUGUUCUCGGCCCUGAAGAAACUCGUGGGCUCGGACCAGGCUCCCGUCCGCGAUAAGAACAUCCCCGCGGGGCUGCAGUCUAUGAACCAGGCUCUGCAGAGGAGGUUUGCCAAGGGAGUCCAGUAUAACAUGAAAAUUGUAAUCCGAGGGGACAGGAACACAGGGAAAACCACACUCUGGCACCGACUCCAGGGGAAGAAGUUUGUUGAGGAAUAUAUUCCUACUCAGGAGAUCCAAGUCACCAGCAUCCACUGGAACUAUAAAACCACUGAUGAUAUCGUAAAGGUUGAAGUCUGGGACGUAGUUGACAAAGGAAAAUGCAAAAAACGUGGAGAUGGUUUGAAACUGGAGAACGACCCUCAGGAGGCAGAGUCAGAGAUGGCUCUGGAUGCGGAGUUUCUUGAUGUGUAUAAAAACUGCAAUGGAGUAGUGAUGAUGUUCGACAUCACCAAGCAGUGGACAUUUAACUACAUAUUGAGGGAGCUUCCUAAAGUGCCCACCCAUGUUCCAGUGUGUGUGCUUGGGAAUUACCGUGAUAUGGGAGAGCACAGGGUCAUCCUGCCAGAUGACAUGCGGGCGUUCAUUGAUAAUCUGAACAGACCUCCUGGCUCGUCUUAUUUUCGAUAUGCUGAAUCUUCCAUGAAGAACAGUUUUGGCCUCAAGUACCUGCACAAAUUCUUCAACAUCCCAUUCUUGCAACUGCAGAGGGAGACAUUGCUACGGCAGCUGGAGACGAAUCAGCUAGAUAUUGACGCAACGUUGGAAGAGCUCUCAGUGCAGCAGGAGACAGAGGACCAAAACUACGAAAUCUUCCUUGAAAUGAUGGAAGCCCGAAGUCGAGGACACGCGUCCCCAAUGGCAACUAAUGGACAGAGUCCUUCCUCUGGCUCCCAGUCACCCAUAGUACCUCCCAGCUGCACGUCAGAUAGUUCCAGUCCUGGUACCCCCCAGCCACCACCACCACCUCAGCAGCCGCCUGCCAACGCAACAUCCCCUGAGCCUCCAUCCUCCUUGUCACCAGUGCCUCCACUAGAGGCUCAGCUACCGCACACAUCGUCCCCAGCUACAGCCUCCCCAACAAUGCCUGUUGUAGUCCCACUGCAAAAGCGCAGCAUUAUCUCCCGCCUCUUUGGAACUUCUCCGGCACCAGAGACGUCUCCUCCCCCGCCAGAUGCUGCUACUAUUCCCCCCAGUGAAGUCCCUGCAAAAGUGCAGAGUGUGGAGGACUUUAUUCCCGAUGACAGCCUGGACCACAGCUUUCUGGAAGAUACGAUCUCUCAGAGAGACAAGGGGAUAACUAGGACUAAGGACCACAAUGAAAGUGAUAGUGAUGGAGAGGCUCUCGGAGGGAAUCCUAUGGUAGCCGGUUUCCAAGAUGAUCUGGAUCUAGAUGACAAAGUGCCCAGUAAACCCUCAUUGGCAGCAGAACUUGUACCAAGCAAAAAUAUCACUUUGUCAAGUGAGGAGGAGGCGGAAAUGGAGGAUGCUGUGGUCACCAUCGUGGCUGAUGAAGACAUUGACAUGGACUACGACACACAAUGGUCUUCCAAAAAUUCAAUGAAACCACAAAAGGAAGCAGCUUCCACCAAAGCACCUGACCAGAAGCCUCAAGGCAGCUUGCCUCCGCAUUCUGGAUUUGAGAAACACAGCAGCACAAAGCUCCCCACAGAUCUGCCAGCCACUGGAGCUGCUGCUCCUACAGAUACAGCAUCAGUCCAGGCACAACGGACUACUUCCCUGAACAAGGGCUCAGCUUCCAAACUGAAGGGGAGCAAAGAAGAAAUGCCUGAGGAGUCUGACAGUGAUCAGGAGGGACCGAUAGCCACCCAGAUGCUCUCAUUUGUGAUGGAUGACCCGGACUUUGAAAGCGAGGAGUCUGAUAGCCAAAGGAAGAAAGUGGGUGAAUUCCCAGUCCGAGAAGACCCCUCUGACAUCUCUGAUGAAGACACCUCGUUAGCAAAGCCUCCACAGCCCAUGAAGCCUACAGUCCACUCCUUCAAGCUGAAAAAUGACUCUGAUCUCUUUGGCUUGGGUUUGGAAGAAACAGGCCCCAAAGAGAGCAGUGAUGAAGAUAAAGAGAAACAUCCUUCCAAGGAGAAAAAGAAGAAGAAAAAGAAGAGCAAAGAGGAAGAAGAGAAGUCUAUGAAGAAGAAAAGCAAACACAAGAAGUGCAAGGAGAAGGAGGAGAGCAAAGAUGAGAAGAAGAAAAAGAAAAAAAGGAGCAAGGAGAAAAACGAUGAGAUAGAUGAACUGGAGGCCUUUCUGGGAGGAGGAGCCAGCGCCAGCAAGCAGCAAGGGGGCGGGGACUACGAGGAGCUGUAGGCCUGCAAUGUGUACAAUCCGCGGACUCCAUUGGUGGCUGCCCCCAACUCUCCAUAUGAGCCACGCCAGGACGGGUACAGAUGUGUAGAGCUUUGGCUGUCUGCCAUAAGUACUAUCGAAACAGAGAUGGUGGAACAAAAAAGCUUUACAUCUGUGUGUGCUGUUCUGGUGCAGCCAUUGUGUGGAAGGAGAACACAGCCGUGGUAUACUUGAGGAAGGUUUAAAGGUUAAAGGUCACAGUAUGGUAUCGUGGCAAUGAGUUAUCAUUUCCCCCUACCAAUGUCUAGCCCUCUUUCCUUUUUCCAGAGAGUUCCAAUCUGGUAGUUGGCAUGGUGUGGGGAGGGAAAGGUGAGUGGACCUGCUCCCACCCCCACCAUAUUCCACUGCUGCACCCCUGAAAUUCCUGUUUUAAUAAAUAAGUGAAUGCAGCAAAACAUGC